AUGAAAUCUAGUUAAUCUGACAGCAUUGAAGAAGAAUCAGGUAAUUGGAAUCUUUCUAGUCCCCAAGGACCUUAAAUUUCAUUACGAAAUACAUUUGCAAAUAAUUAACCUGAUUCCUCAGUUGGCUCACUUGAAUCUGAGAGAUUUUAAGGUAAAUCAGAAUAAUAAAAAUAAUAAUUCACUAUUGAACUUAGCCCAGAGGCUUAGCCUAUUAUUAAGAGAACUAUAAUAAGAACUAAUCCUUUACAAAAAUUGCAUUAGAUAGCUGCAAAAAAUAGAUUAGUAAAAUAAUUCAAAUAAAAUCUCCUCAUGAAUUCAUAUAUACUUUCCAAAGAUUAUUAGUAACAAUUGAUUUUAUUUAAAUAGAGAUAAAAUUAUAUAGUUUGAAUAAAUUUCGUAAAAUAAAAAUUUGGAUUACUUAAUUAGAAAAACUCAAAUUUCUAUUUUACCUGUUUUUGAGGCUUAUAGUAACUUAAUGAAAUCAUGGGAUGUUAUAAUGAUUUUUUAAUAAUUAUUACAAUUGUGGUUUCUACCUUUUAUAAUAAGUUUUUAUGGAUUUGAUUCGAAUAUUGAUAUAAUAAGAGAAUUUUUGAUUUUGAUGAUUUUACUAGACAUUAUUGUUUCAAUGAAUAGAGAGAUAUUUUAUAAAGGAAAUUAUAUAGGAAACCGGCAAUAAAUUUUUAGACAGUAUACAAAAAAUGGAUUAAUAGGAGAUGUAAUUUAAUUAAUAACUUGGUUUUGUUUUCUAUUUAUUUAUAAAAAUAUAGAAUAUAAAGCCUACUUAAUUUUAUUAGGAAUUUUAAUGGUAGUUUGCUGCAUUAAAUCACUAUUAAGAAAAACUGAAUAUUAUAUUGAUAGUUAUUAUAAUAAAGGGAAUCUUAGUAACUUUUUGGAUCUAUUUAUAUUAAUUCUAUAGAUUUAUUUUGUAGCACAUUAUAUGGCAUGUAUUUGGCAUUUUGUUGGAGAAAUGGGAAUUUCAUUUGAAAAAUCAACUUGGCUUAGUGAAUAUGGAUUUCUUGAUGAAUCAAUUUCUACUAAAUAUAAUUAUUCUUUUUAUUGGGCAACUAUGACUAUGGCUACAGUAGGCUAUGGAGAUAUUACUGGAAGAAAUAAUUAUGAAAUACUCGUAUCUAACAUUAUGAUGAUCUUUUCAAGUUGUAUAUUUGCAUAUUCAAUGAAUUCUAUAGGGAAUAUAUUAAAAAGUAUAAAUGAUUCCAAAUUGAAUUAUAGGUAUCAUUAAACAAUAAUUAUUUAGGAGAAUGAUAUCAUCAAUUAAUACUUAUAUGCAAAAAAAUUAAGUUGAUCACUAAGUAUAAGGAAAAGUGAGGAAUUAUAUUAAAUACUUAAAUUAAAGAGAACAAGAUUCUACUGAAGAUUUUGAAAGCUCAAUUUCUUAUUUACCUAAAGGUUUAUAAGCAGAAAUGAAAGAAGAUAUAGCAUAAAAAAUUAUUCAAAAAAUAAAAAUUUUAUAAUAAAACUUUUCUCAUUCCACUUUAAAUUUGUUAAUUUAACAUCUCAAAAUUUAAAAUUAUGCUCCAGGAGAAUAUAUUUAUCAUUAAAAUGAAUAAUAACAUUGCUUUUGUUAUAUUAAUUAUGGAGAAGUUUAAAUAAACGAGGAAUAAUCUCAAACUCAAAUUUAAGUAUUAAAACAAAAUAGUAGUUUUAAUGAAUAUUCAUUCUUCACAGAGUAAGUAACAAAAAGUAAUGCAUUGAGUAUUGGUUUUACAUAAAUUGUAAAAAUAAACAGAAAAGCAUUUCUAUCUAUCUUAAAAGAAAAUUAAAAAGAUUUAGAAUAAUUCUAUAAUAUUAAAGAUACUAUGCUAUAAUAUAAAGAUUAUUCUUUACUUUAGAAAAAAUGUUAUUAUUGUGGGUAUAUUAAACAUGAAACAAUUGAUUGUCCAUUAUUAACUUAUUAACCUAAUAAGAUGAAUGUAAUAAGAAAAUAUCAUAAAUCUUCUCAAUUAUAACCUAGAAAGUAUAUUCAAAGACAUUAUCAUUAUAUUCCAUCUAGAAAAUAGUAUUAAGAAAUUAAAAAUACAAUUUAAUAUGCUAGAGAGUAUUAUAUUUCAGAUUUAUUGAUGAAUGAUUCUUAACAAUUUAAUAAAAUUCAAAUAAUUUAAAAAGAAGAAAUUCCUCCUGAAUGUAAUUUGAAUGAAAUUAUUUCACCUAGUUAAAAAAAAGAUGAAACUGAAUAAACUCCAUAAAUUAUAUCUAAAUCAAGACUUCCAAGUAUUUCAACAGAUGCAAAUAAUUUAAGAAGAAUUAGUAAAUUUUAAAUUCCUUUAAAUCCAAAUCCUGAAGAAAAAAGAUAAUCAAAAAUUUAAUUAGACUAUUUUUCAAUUAAUUUUUCUGGAUUAGAAAUUGAUACAGUUUAAAAUUAUGAAAAAUAUAUGAUUCAUAACAAUUUCAUAAACAUUUUAAAAAGUUUCUAAAAAUUUAAAAGAAAAACUAAAAUUACAACUAGAAAAUAAAAAUUAAUGGAGUCAUUUAAUAAUGAAGAUUGA